GUUCCCGCGACAUGAGUAGUGUAGCACUUGACCCUCGACGCUGCCUUGCUUAGGUUCACGAUCUUUUUCGAAGAAGCUUGAGCUUGAGCUUGACCUGGACGCCACGAUGAUCAGGCUUGUAUUCAUCAUCACUGCUCUGCUACAACUCGCGCAGCACGCUCGUGCAUUUGGCGAUGCGGUCGCCGCUGCAGAAGUGUCGCGGACCGAGUUCCAGAGCCUCGUACAGCAGAUCCGUGACACUCAGCGCACUGCUGCCAAUACGAAUGACGAUGCUCAAAGGCAGACGUUGGCAACCCAAUUGACUGAUCUGACGAAUCGUGCCAACACCCUUGUCGCAGAUACGCAGAACCGUCUGGUCCAAGAUGCUCAAUCAGCCCAAGCGGACGCAAUCAGCACGUCCGAUGCAAGCGUUCGAUCUCGCGAUAACGACAUCAUCAAGCAAGAUCAAGACGAGAUCGAGAAGCUGCGAGGCGAUGUCUCCGCCUUCAUGGGUCAGACAGAUCAGGUGGCUCUCGCGCAGCCUAUGCCUCAGAACGCGCCGGCGGCACAGGUCAGCUUGCCACCCGUGCCGACCAUCAACGUGAUCGCACCUGCUUUGCCUGCGUCGGGCAACACCAUUGCUGCUGCAUCUCCACCCCCGGUCGCGCCAGAGAUUAUCAUAGCUACUCAAGCUCCGGCUACAGCGCUCGCGCCUGCGCCGGCACCAGCACCAGUGAACGCCGCAUCGAUCUUCCCUGCCCUGGCACAGCCUCUCAUCAAUGCAUUUGAUCCAUCAGCCAACCCCGGCCCGACAUUUGCAAGCACAACGAAUCCGAAUACAUUCAACAACGGAGGCUUCAACGGCUUCACAAACGUAGCGGGACAGCCGGGCUUUCCGGCUACAGGAACUGACAGAGGAUUCUCACAACCUGCAAUUCAAGGCAACGGCUUCAAUUCCGGCCUUCCUUCGUUCAAUGGGCCUGCAAUACAGACGAAUAACUUUAACGGCGGCACAGUGCCUAAUACACUUACGCAGCCAUUGACCACGACUGGUGUCAACACAGGCACAUCAGCCAGCGUCUUUCCGCAACAGCCAGCCAUCGAAACGAACGGCAACACCGUCCCUCAAAGCGGAUCCACGACGCCUGCAAUACAGACGAACAACUUCAACGGAGGCACUUCGCCUGAUUCUGGAACUCAGCCUCUGAUUACAGGCGGUGGCAACACCGUCACUGCGCCUACUGUGUCUCCUCAGCAGCCUGCGCUACAGGCGUCCAGCAAUGUGAUCCCUCCAAACAGCGUUUCAUCCCCCGCGAUCCAGAAUGGUGUAGUCGAUCCUGGCAACAAUGCGCUCACCGGCAAGACUACCUCCAUCACGACUCCAGCCACGACAUUGCAGACAACGCAGCAGAAACAAGAUGCUUCGCGGACAGCCUCGGAGCGCCAGACUGAGCAGACGAAUCGAGACAACGCACGCAAAAGCGGUCAGACUGUACGUACGGAUGGCCAGACUAGACCGAAUGGACAGACGACACUAGCUAACACCCAGCUUACGCAAGGCAAUAGUCAGAACGCGCGAAAGAAUCCUCAAAGCUCACAGCCGAAUUUACAGAACGGUCGGACGACGAAUCAGCAGCAACUCACACAAGGUCGCACCGCCGCUGGCAACACCCGCACACAGCCUCAGCGUAACACCGCUGGCCGCACUCAAGGCACGACGCAGCAGCUACGUGCGCAGCCACAGCGCAACACUCAGCAGCGGACUCAGCCACAGCGCGUUACUCAGCAGAGCAAUCAGCUUCAACGCAGCACCCCACAGCGCGCACAGCCCCAGCGCGCGGCCGCCUUCAACCAGAAUGCUGCUGCUCGUACGCAGCCAACGCGCGGUCAGGCCCAGCGCAACACACAGCAGCGUGCACAAGUCACCCGCAACACUCCCCAGCGUGCUCAGCCCCCGCGUGCCUCACCUCAGCGUGCUCAGCCUCAACGUGCUGCCCAAUUCAAUCAGAAUGCUGCGAUACGCACGCAACCCCAGCGCAACACCCAGCAGCGAGUCCAGCCUCAACGCGCCACGCAGCAGCGAGUACAGCCCCAGCGAGCCACGCAGCAGCGAGUACAGCCUCAGCGCAACACGCAACAGCGAGCCCAGCCCCAGCGCGCCACGCAGCAGCGAGUACAGCCCCAGCGCGCGACACAGCAGCGUGCGGCACCGGCCAGAGCGCCUGCUCGUGCUCCCGCGGCGGGAGGACGUCGUCGCCAGGUCACCAACUAGAUUGUCAAUCAUGUCUUGCAUUGCACCCUCUUUCACUGUUACGCGAAGCGCAUGCUUUGACAUUCUAGUGUAGCCGUGUUGAUGAGAGCAAUUUCAGCUUUGUCUGAAAAUGCGGGCACAAGAACGACGCGGAUCUUUUGCUCGUCGUCGGCU